AUGAAAUAUAUUGUCGCACUUGAUGUCGGUACUACGACUAUUAGGUGUCAUAUUUUAGAUAAUAAAGCUGUUACAAUUGCUUCUGCUGCUGAAAAGGUCGAGUUACUUUAUCCAAAAGCCGCGUACGUUGAAAUAAAUCCGGAUCAACUUUGGGAGUCAAUUAUUAAAGUUUUGAAAGAUGCUGUUCAUGCGAGUAAAAUAGACGUGAAAUUAAUAGCGUGUCUUGGAAUAUCAACCCAACGUAGCAGUUUUAUCUCGUGGAACUUUGAAACGGGGAAAAAUUACCACAGAAUAAUAACAUGGAAGGACUUGAGAGCAGACUCAAUGGUACGUGAAUGGAAUUCAUCAUUAACAAUGAAGAGUUUAAGAAUGGGUUCUCAUAUUCUCUAUACAUUGUCACGCAAUAAAAGAUUUCUCGCUGGCAGCGUAUUAAAAUUGAUGAAUACUCAGACGACCUUGCGCUUGAUGUGGGUCUUGCAAAAUAUUCCUGGACUCCGAGAAGCUGCUCAGAGUGGAAAAGCUGUCGUUGACAGUGCAGGAGAUUUCGGUACUAUUCCAAAAGAUAUUUUAGGUGUAUCAAUACCUAUUAGAUGUUGUGUAUGUAUUAUUUAUCAGAAUUAUUCACAAGAUAAUUUACUUAGUUAUUGUUUAUUGCAGAUGGCUGACCAAGCGGCUUCGUUAUUUGGGUCAACUUGUUUCGAGCCAGGUGAUCUUAAAGUAACUAUGGGAACUGGUAGUUUUUUAAAUGUCAAUACAGGCAAAGAGCCUCACGCGUCAGUUGCUGGGCUGUAUCCUCUGGUGGCCUGGAAAAUAAAUUCUGAGAUUGUUUAUAUGGCUGAGGGGGCUUCCAGUGAUACUGGAACUGUUAUCGAAUGGAUUAAAUCAAUAGGGAUUAUUAAGGAUCCAAGACGUGCUCAUAUUGUCCGAUCAGUACUGGAAGGCUUAGUAUUUCGUAUUCUACUUUUGUACGAAUCAUUAUGCACAGAAACUAGUCGUAACUACAAUAGCAUUAGGGUAGAUGGAGGAGUAUCCCAGAGUGAUUUUAUAUUACAAUUAUUGGCUGACCUUACUGGUUUGCCAGUCGAACGGGCGAUGAGUCCCGAAAUCUCUAUACUCGGCGUUGCUUUUCUUUCCGGUCUUCAGUGUGGUAUUUGGGAGACUCGCGAAGAAGUGUGUAAAUUAAGACAAGUUGAUAGGGUUUUUCAGCCAGAUAUAAAACGAGGCAAGAAUUAUUUAUCAGUAGUUCAUCAAUGGAAACUUGCUGUACAGCGAUUUAAAAAUUGUAUAGUUAUUUUAAGAUCGAUUAAUGAGCCGAAG